UAUUUCUGCUUUAAAAUGUUUCGCUGUGCAUUUACAGCAAUACGGAGAAUACGGCCUCUUUCGAUACCUGUUUACAAUACGGCCAGGAUCAUUAAGAAUGACAUAAAAACUUUUUCCACACUAAAAAAUAUUCAACUAAAUACGCCUUUGUGUUCCCAGCAAUCUUUAUUAUCUAACAAACGGGUACUUGAGAUUUCCAAAACCAUAUUACCUUCUGUACCUGCUAGAUCUGUUACGAAGUUUAGUCUUAAGCGUGGGAAAAGGAAAACUGUUAAAGCUGCUGUACGCAGAUUCUUUAGACUACACUGGGGUGGUUGGAUAAGAACAAAAGUUGGCAGGCAAAAGAAGUUAUGGAAGAAAUCCCUAGCACAAAAAAGGAGGCUGAGACAACAUGUUUUUUGUAAUGCCACACAAAACACACUUUUGGACAAAAUGGUCACAAAAUUUUGGAAGAAACCCAAGUAUUAUGUUGAAGAUCCUUAUGCUCCGUACCAUACCAGAGAAGAAUAUUAUAUUACUCGGAAAAAACCUAUUACAAGAAAUUAACUACACUUGAAGUUAGAACAAUAAAUAAUAACUAGAUGUUUGAA